UAUGAAACAACUAUGUCGAAUUAUUAUUCAGUCGAAUCGAAACCAAAAGCAAAAAAGUGUGCGUUGUUUCCCGAACUACAGAGGAGAGGAAACCAUUGUCAGCAAAAGUACCUCAGCAACGAUUCCUUAUUUUCCGAAUUCAACCCCCUAAACUGAAUAUUGAACGAUGAGCAACUGACCGCCACCGUGAGCCAUCACUUCCUGCGACGAUGAAUCUGCAAUCCUUGUUCCAGGAUUUCAAUCCGAGUAAAUUUGUGGUACAUUGCUGUUUAUUCACAUUUACGGUCCUAUUUUGUCUACGCUUAGACGAAUUUAUAGACUGGCCCUACUGGGUGAUAUUCAUACCGCUAUGGGUAUGGAAGUCAAUAGCUACUCUGGGAGCAAUUGUCGGAGCCAUAGUAUGGUGUCGAUAUCCACACUACAGAGUCGAAGGAGAUUCCUAUUCACAUUUUAAGGCCAUGUUGAUAUCACUAUCGCUGCAUCUGAUACUGCUGAUGUUCGAACUGCUGGCUUGUGAUAGACUGACCUCCGGGAGACACUUGUGGGUGCUGGUGUUCAUCCCGCUGAUCUUCGGUAGCGUUGCCAGUGUAGGUGCCUGCGUGUGGGCCGUAAAGCACGAUCGAUCUUUUGAGCUGGAACUGUUUUGUGCAGUGAACGCGCUGCAGUUUGUGUUUCUGCCACUCAAGUUGGACGGAUUCGUUUCCUGGAGCUGGGAAGUGGUAUUCGUACCGUUGUGGAUCGUUCUGUGCCUUAGUCUGGUAGCAGUACUUUAUAGUAUAAUAUUCUGCGGAAUUUUGCUUCGAACUCCGGAAGUUUCAUCCCAGCAGAAGAAAUCAGCCAUCAAUUCUGCGAUCGGCAACUGUGCCACCGUGCUUCCAAUCCUAGUGUUUCAGGUGCUGCUUGCCGAUAAACUGGACGAAGACCUUGACUGGCCUUUCAUAGCGGUGGCUGGACCACUGCUCUUGACGCUGUUCGUGUUGAUCCUGUUGAGCUUUAAUGCCAAAGGCGGCAAUAAAUGGUGGUUCGGCAUUCGAAAGAACUUCUGUCAGUUCCUGCUAGGAGUGGUACCGUGCCUGCAGGAGUACGGUAACAUAUCAUAUCACACGGAGAGCGCCGGUCAAACACAACCACUGGACACGACGACCGCGCAGUUGGACGAAUUCGAAAAGUACGGCAAAAAGGGCAAGAAGGCAGCGAUAAGCAAAAAGAACGAUCACCUUAAACCGGUGGUACCGAUCAUUAGUAUCGACCUGCCGGAUUAGCCAGCGGAAUGGGUGAAGCUGUACGCAGACACCGUUGUCAGGUUCCUAGUUUUGGAUUGCAAUAGCUUCCCACUUCUGAAGCUAAAUAGGCACAAAUUCUAUGGAAAGUGAUUAUAAUAGUUUAUAAUGGAGUCGUAUAUGAAGCUAGGUGUUGCUUUGUAUGUAUCCUUUCGGUUCUGAAGGCGGAACUACUAUUAGGCAUAUGUGUAAACCAUUAUGCCCAACCUAUAUACAUAUGUGAUUUUGUGAUCUGUAGGAAACUGAUUAGUUCACAUGACUUUGAACUCGCCAUAUUUUUUCAUUACUUUCAAAAAAAUCGUAUAGUCAAUACAAUGGACCUUUACCCCUUCGAAAUGAUCAUUUGAAAAAUUUUAUUCGACACUCGGAAAUCGGAUUCCGGUGUAUUCAUAGUUUAUCAAAUCACUCUAUUUAUUUAACCACCUAGAAUUAAAAAGGAAAUCUUUUCAUAUCAGCCAAACGACAGCUGCUGUGAUCGCUUGAUGAUCGAGAAUUAUAGGAUGCGUAUUGAAAAAAAGGCUUUUAAAUUAAUUCUACUAGUAUAGAAUUUAGAUAGAUAAUCCGCUGGUAAUGAAAUACAUGAAAUCCAGACGUAAUAAUGUGUAUCAUGUUUGUAUUUCGUAUACGUUGUUGUUUAAGCAUCUUGGUGACAAUAUCUCUUUGCAAAGAGGAAGAUGUAGGUAUCUUAUCGCAAAUGCUAAUUCGAAAUGAUUAAGGAAAUGAGUGAAUGAAUGAUUGGUACGCAUAUUGUGGCUGUUUGUUUUCAUAUUCAUACAGUAAAAUGUUAGCCACAUUUGGUAAAACAAACUGCAGCGCAAAACAAUGUUUAGCAUGGAGCAAAGAGAAGUAAGUAUCCACAUUAUGCGAAAAUGUGAAUAAAAUUUGUAAAUAAAUAUUAACAUAAAAAACA